AUGGCAAAACCACCGAGAGGUAAAGUAAUCAUGCACGAUCCGUUUGCCAUGAGACCGUUCUUUGGUUAUAAUUUCGGACACUAUCUCACUCAUUGGUUAAGUAUGGCGCAUGUGAAGAAUGCUAAAUUGCCAGCAAUAUUUCACGUAAAUUGGUUUAGGAAAGAUUCGAAUGGAAAAUUUCUAUGGCCCGGAUUCGGUGAGAACUCACGUGUUCUUGACUGGAUUCUUCGAAGAAUUGAAGGUGAAGAUAUUGCCGAAGAUUCAGCUAUUGGUUUAUUGCCAAAACCAGGAUCUAUCAAUAUAGAAAACCUCAAAGUUAAUGUGAAUAUGACAGAAUUAUUUAGAUUGCCGAAAACUUUCUGGCAAAAAGAAGUCGAAGAUUUGAUGAAAUAUUUUGAUGCUCAAGUAGGAAACGAUUUACCUGAAGCUAUAGUAACAGAACUUACUCGUCUUUCUAAUAACGUUAAUAAUCUUUAA